AACACAGUGGGACAAGAUGGCAAACAAUGCCCUCAUCCCCGUCCUGGUCACGAUGAUGCUCGUGACCGGGGUGUGCAACACCAUUCUCAACAAGUAUCAGGAUAUGCAAUGUGUGCGGAACUGCGAUUCCCCAGAUCCCAGCCAGCGGAAGCUGUUCGAGCAGCCUGUCAUUCAAACUGCCGUAAUGUUUAUGGGUGAAAUGGGCUGUUGGCUAGUUGUCGGCUUAACCUUCCUCUACCGCCAAUACAUCGCACCACGCCUAUCCAGUGACCCUUCACCCCUUCUAACGGGCGGAUAUCACCCGAUAAACGGUGAUGACGAAGGCCUCGAUCAUGAAGAUGACCACACAGUCGAUGAACUUGAUAGUGACAGCAGACACCCCAAGCCCCUACCCGAAGAUGACAGCCGAAUCCCACUCCGCGGAUGGAAGAUCCUACUUCUUGCAGCGCCGUCGAGCUGCGAUAUCGCCGGCACAACCCUCAUGAACGUGGGUCUUCUCUUUGUGGCAGCCAGUAUCUACCAGAUGACUCGGGGUGCCCUUGUCCUCUUCGUAGGCCUGUUCAGUGUCCUUUUCCUUCGCCGCAGACUCCACUUCUACCAGUGGAGCGCACUCUUUAUUGUCGUCCUAGGUGUGGCUAUUGUGGGUCUUUCUGGAGCCCUAUUCAGUGGAGAGUCAGGCCAUGAUAUCACCCAGGAUGGGAGUGCUACUGAUGCGGCCUCGCGUGCUCUUAUGCAGGCGCGUGAUGUAGCUCGGACCCCUGAGGCUGUUCAGGCCGUCAUUGGCGUGCUGCUUAUUGCUGCGGCGCAGAUCUUCACAGCCACGCAGUUUGUACUGGAGGAGUGGAUUUUGGAGAAUUACGCCAUGGAACCGAUCCAUGUCGUGGGUUGGGAAGGUGUCUUCGGCUUUUUAGUUACUGUCAUUGGCAUGUUGAUCAUGUAUCUUAUUGUUGGACGGACCGAUGCCGGCCGAUAUGGUUACUUUGAUAUCAAGCAGGGAUUGCACGAAGUUUUCAAUAACCGUGCUGUUGCCAUAUCGAGCGUGUUCAUCAUGAUCAGUAUCGGUGGCUUCAACUUCUUCGGUCUCUCUGUCACCCGCACUGUCUCUGCUACUUCUCGUAGCACAAUCGACACCUGCCGCACGCUUUUCAUCUGGCUUGUUUCGCUUGGACUCGGCUGGGAGAGCUUCAAAUGGCUCCAAGUUGCCGGCUUCGCGCUCCUUGUCUAUGGAACUUUUAUGUUCAAUGACAUCGUCCGCCCUCCGCUCAAGGCUUGUUUGCCCCGUGACCAGAGAGAGGGAGAGGUGCUGCUCCCGGAGGGCCCCAUUGAGCACAUUUGA